CAUCAGAAUGACACUUUCAGCAGCGAUUUCAUACUUUUGGGAGUGUUCUCUUCUUCCCCAACAAGUCUGGUUUUCUUCUCAUUUAUAUUUGUCAUUUUCAUUAUGAGUGUAACAGAAAAUACACUCAUGAUCCUCCUCAUUCGCAGUGACUCACGACUCCAAUGUAUUUUCUGCUCAGCCAUCUCUCCUUUAUGGAUAUCUUGCAUGUUUCCAACAUCGUUCCCAAAAUGGUCACCAACUUCCUGUCAGGCAGCAGAACUAUUUCACUUGCAGGUUGUGGGUUCCAGGUGUUUCUGUCCCUCACCACUCACCUAGAAGGUGAGUGCCUUCUCCUGGCUGCAAUGUCCUAUGAUCGCUAUGUGGCUAUCUGUCACCCACUAUGCUAUCCGAUUCUUAUGAAGGAGUAUGCCAGCACUCUUAUGGCUGGAGGCUCCUGGCUCAUUGGGGUUUUCAACUCCACAGUCCACACAGCUUACACACUGCAGUUUCCCUUCUGUGGCUCUAGGGCAAUCGAUCACUUUUUCUGUGAAGUCCCUGCCAUGUUGAAGUUGUCCUGUGCAGACACAACAAACUAUGAACGAGGGGUUUGUGUAAGUGCUGCGUUAUUCCUGGUGAUCCCUGCCUUCUUGAUCUCUGCUUCUUAUGGCCAAAUUAUUCUUACUGUCCUCCAGAUGAAAUCAUCAGAGGCAAGAAAAAAGUCAUUUUCCACUUGUUCCUUCCACAUGAUUGUGGUCAUGAUGUACUAUGGGCCAUUUAUUUUUACAUAUAUGAGACCUAAAUCAUACCACACUCCAGGCCAGGAUAAGUUCCUGGCAAUGUUCUAUACGAUCCUGACACCCACACUCAACCCCUUAAUCUACAGCUUUAGGAAUAAAGAUGUUCUGGCGGUGAUGAAAAAUAUGCUCAAAAGGAAGUUUCUGCAUAAAAAAUGAAUAGGAAAAUUUCUGAAUGUGUGUUCUAUUUCUA